AUGGUGUCGGCGCUCACCAUCCUGCAUGACCGCUGGCUGACGAUAGGCCACAUGCAAAGUGGAACUGGAGAGCGUCGGACCGACAGCUGGUCCGACCGUCAGCAGCUGGUCCAAACGUCAGCAGCUGGCCCCAUCGCCAGAGGCCAGACCGACCAGCAGCAACUGGUCGGAGCCGCGGCUCGCGCCGCCGAGGGUAGCGCCGUGCCCUUCCCGUUCAAGCUGCUGCCGCUGGACGCGGAGACCCAGCGUCGCGUGAUCGCCGACUUCCCCGGCUACCCUAACGGGCUGCAGUGCGUGCAGAGCUGGGGCUUCAAGGUUGUGGGAACGGCCACGGAGACCGACCUGGAAGCACUCUACAACCGCCCGCUGCAGCCGGGCGACAUCUGGGUCUGCUCGCCGCCCAAGUGCGGCUCCAUGUGGACUCAGGAGCUGGUCUGGCUGCUCGAGAACGACCUUGACUUUGAUGGCUGCCGGGUCAUGCUGACCGAGCGGUGGCGCUUCAGCGAGUCUUGUAUGGCCAUCGACCUGGAGCAGCGGACCCAGCUGGCGGCGAAGCGGACGGCGCCUGCCGCCAGCGCCGGCCGGUCGCGCUUCGUCAAGUCGCACCUGCCCAUGUCACUCUGUCCGCCGCGCUUGCUCGACGUCUGCAAGGUCGUGUACGUGGCGCGCAACCCCAAGGAUAUCUGCGUGUCGUUCUACAAGCACGCGCGUCGCUACAAGAACGUCAACUUCCAGAAGGAGCUGGAGGUGUUUGCGGACCACUUCCUGGCCGGCAACGUCGUGCUGACGCCAGUAGUGCCGCACAUGAUCGAAGCCUGGAACCUGCGCCACCACCCCAACAUGUGCUUCCUGUUCUACGAAGAUAUGAAGCGCGACCUGCGCGGCCAGAUCCGCCGCCUCGCUGGCUUCCUCGGCCGGCAGUACUCGGACGCGCAGGUCGACCGGCUCGCCGAGUAUCUGCACAUCGACGCCUUCAAGAAGAACCCGUGGCGGUCGCAAGACUUCGGCAAGGGCGCCGGCAUGAUGAACGAGGGCGAGGGCGACUUCAUCCGCACCGGCAAGGCGGGGGACUGGAAAAAUCACAUGUCUGCCGAGAUGAGCGCACGCUUCGAUCGCUUGCUGGAGGAGCAGCUGAAGGGCACCGAUCUGCGCUUUACCAUGGAGCUUCAGCAGCAGGACUAACGCUCUGCGUGUGGUCCGCAGCCGGCGAACGCGGGCCAUUCCGUGCAGCCAAGCUGAUAAUCUACCGACGCUAACACUUGGCUUAGCAUUCAGUUCACCGCUAGCGGUUCGGUAUUGGUGUGUUUAGGCUAGUUGUUGCUAGGCUGGUCGUUUCCAUGGUCCAGCACGUAGUUGCGAGGUAUGCGAGUUCUAAAGCAUAAGCAGCAAACACUUUUGUAUCAUGAGUACUAAGUGAGGGAUUUAGUGCGUUUCAGCGCGCGGCCAAAGUUUGCGCUCGCCGAACGCGCGGAAUGCGUUUUGCAACAGCAGUGUACUGAGGCCUGUGCUGGAUGCAGUGCGCGCGUCACCAAUGCUGGAGAUCAUGACCAUAGAGAUAUGCCGUCGCUUCCCUGCUGGCCCAACCAUCCGUACACUGCAAACCGCGAAACACGCUCCAGUCGGAUGUCAACGCGCGGUUCUGCUGGAGAGCGAUGUGGGGAAAGUCGGUCCGACCACAUUACGCAUCGGCGCGCAGACUCCAAUACAUGACCACGU